AUGGGCGAGAAGAAGCCAGAGCCUCUGGACUUCGUGAAGGAUUUCCAGGAGUACCUGACCCAGCAGACCCACCACGUGAACAUGAUCUCGGGGUCAGUGAGCGGGGACAAGGAGGCAGAGGCUCUUCAGGGAGCUGGGACAGAUGGCGAUCAAAAUGGACUUGACCACCCAUCUGUUGAAGUUUCCCUGGAUGAAAACUCAGGAAUAAUCAAAGGUGCGAGGUCUUCCUUAAGCAGCAAGAAAAUGUGGGGCGUUUUACAGGAGAAAACCAGCAACCUGGGCUAUAGCAGAAGAGCGCUAAUCAACUUAAGUCCACCGUCCAUGGUGGUUCAGAAGCCAGACUACCUUAACGAUUUCACCCAUGAAAUCCCCAACAUCCAGACGGACUCCUAUGAAAGUAUGGCGAAAAGCACCUCAACUGGGGGCCUACCCAGGGACCCCCAAGAACUCCUGGUCGACAACCCCCUCAAUCAGCUCUCCACUCUCGCAGGGCAGUUGUCCAGCCUGCCCCCUGAAAACCAGAACCCCGCGUCCCCCGACGUAGUGCCCUGGCCGGAUGAGAAGCCUUUCCUGCUGCAGCAGCCCUCGGCCCAGGCAGUGGUUUCUGCCGUGGCCGCAAGUAUUCCUCGGAGCGCCUCUCCCACCAGCCCCGAGCCUCGGCCGCCCCAGAGCCAGAGGAACUACAGUCCCGUGGCUGGUCCAAGCAGCGAACCCAGUGCCCACACAAGCACCCCGAGCAUAGGAAACAGCCAGCCGAGCACGCCCGCCCCGACCCUGCCGGCCCAGGACCCGCAGCUCCUGCACCACUGCCAGCACUGUGACAUGUACUUUGCCGACAACAUCCUCUACACCAUUCACAUGGGAUGUCACGGGUAUGAGAACCCUUUCCAGUGCAACAUCUGCGGAUGCAAAUGUAAAAACAAGUACGACUUCGCCUGUCACUUUGCAAGAGGGCAGCAUAACCAGCACUGACCGGAGCAGUCACAUUGCUCUGUCCUUGGUUUUGACUUUGUGCAUUUUUUAGUUUUGUGUAUUGUUGGUUUUUGUUGGUAGGGGGAGGACCCAUCCCUAAUAUGCUAAUUUAAAGUUUAUACAUUAUAUUUAUAGAAAACAAAGUUGACAAUAGAAACAAAUGUUUUCCUUUUUUUUUCCAUAAAAGUUUGGUCAGGGUCAUUUAUAUAUUAGAACAAUUAGACACAUUGGUGUCUGUUUUUUCCUUUUAUUUAGACUUUGAUGAUUGAAGUGCAAUCUUAAUCUUACAGGUAUUCAUUUAAACUCCCACAGUUAAGGUCCAUGUAGACUUCAAAGCUUGAUCCUAGUGGUGUUUCACUACAUACGCAGCUAGAUGUCAUUUCUGCCAUAUUUAAAAAUGGUAGAAUAAAUUACUUUCUCACAAA